AAAAAAAAUCAUUCUCCAAGCCGUGUCUUGUCGCGUUAGGAGAGCCGCCUCGUAAUAAAGAUUAAAUUGUAAUUUUCUAAUUGUUGAACAUUCUAAUUAAGUAAAAUAUUCAGUUUCCAUAAGUUAACACCCUAGUUAAAGUGCCAGUUUGUCAGAAAAGUGUAUUUGUUAGGAAUUUCCGGCUAAAGCGUAAAUUUCUUUUUCGCCACUCGGCCGAAAAUCCAAGAUGGCCUUCAAUCAGAAAAAUCCCCCAUGGCAGCGCAAUGCCGGCCAAAGUAUUGCCGGGAUGCAAACGAUUGUGAGCUUUCCUCAAGCGCAGCCCGUAUUCAAUCAGGGCAUGGGGCUUCAACAGCAACAAAAUCUGUCGCUGAUUCCACAAAUGGGUCUGCAGCAGCAGCAGAUCUACUCGCAAGCCGUUCAAUAUCCGACGUCCCGUCCGAUCAACACGCUUGCCUUUCAGAACCAGCAACAGGCGCAACAAUCGGCCCAGAUCAACCAGGGCUCAUCGAAGUUUAAUCCGAAUCAACGCGUCUUCAGCGGCACUGGUCACGUCACAAAGGUCCAGAACGAUUUCGGCUUCAUCGACGAGGAAGUGUUUUUCCACAAGAACGUUUGCAAGGGACUAUUUCCGAAGGUUGGCGACCGCGUGCUGGUUGAGGCGGCGUACAACCAAAAUAUGCCCUUCAAGUGGAACGCCACUCGGGUGCAAGUUUUGCAGUCGGCUUCCUCGAGCUCGGCCAACAGUGGCAGCUCCUCCAGGCAUGCUUCAAAUUAUGGAACAACUCAAACAUCCAGCGCCGAUCGUUCCGGACGGAGCCGUUAUUCUCCGCGGAAAUCAUCACCGGACCGCCAUGGGCAUCGUUCUUCGAAUCGGGAUUCCCGUGAUGAUGACGAUCGUCGUCGUCGCCGCGAGGAUCGCGAUGCUGAUCGGCAUCGCGACAAACGGGAUCGUAGCUCUGAACGAGACCGACGCGAUCGCGAGAGAAGUCCCGUUCGGAAGCUAUCUCCGAAGCGCAGGAAAGUACGUCCGAUUCCCCGCUAUAUGGUCCAAAUGCCAAAGCAACUGUUAACUCUCAAAUCUGUUGAUAUACUAGAGCUUCGUCGUCGUUAUCAUACUUUGUACAUCCCGUCGGAUUUCUUCUCAUCCGAGAUUCGCUGGGUGGAUGCAUUCCCGCCGAACGCACCGUAUUAUAUUCGCAAGCCGUGUGCAUUCCACGUGAUGCACAAAGACGUGGAGCCACUGACAGCCAACGAUGCCAAUUUGGAACCAGCCGAUGCCGACUAUCUCUACAGCGCAAAGGUGAUGCUGAUGGGCACACCCCCGUUGGCGGAUUUCUAUCAAAAGUGCUUCACCACCACGGAAGAUCGCGAACGCCACGAUGAGGAUCCCGAUCACGUCCAUCCGACGCGGCUGAUCAAUUUCCUUGUGGGCAUUCGCGGCAAAAACGAAACGAUGGCUAUCGGAGGGCCGUGGUCGCCGUCGUUGGACGGAGAGAAUCCCCACUCGAAUCCGAACGUGCUCAUCAAGACGGCGAUCCGCACGUGCAAAGGGUUGACCGGGAUCGAUCUCUCCAACUGCACUCGCUGGUACCGGUUCGUGGAGCUCUAUUAUCGUCGUUCAGAAACCUACCACAAGGGUCGUUUGAUUCCAGCGCGUAUCGAAAUGGUGGUUAUCUUUCUGCCCGAUGUACGUUCCUGUCAGCCAACGAAUCCAGAGUGGGAUGAGCUGCAUCUUAGUUACAAGUCGCACUUGGAGCGUAUUAUUAAUAGUCAGAAUUCCGAUAGUCCAGUUCCGGCCGAGGGUUCGUCAACAGAUGGCGCUAGCGGUGAUGCACCGCCUACUCAGCAGACUUCUCCCGAUGGCGAUAAAGUCGCUUCCUCUGAAACCAAGACUUCGGCAGAUGCUGCUACUGCUCCUGCCGCUGCUGCACCUUCUACUGACAACAGCGAGGCCGCCAAGGGUUCGACCAACGAGAAAGCUGAUUCAACCGUUGAAGCCGCCCCCAUUAAGGAGGAAGCAGAAGAAGCAGCAGAAGACAAUGAAAAGGACGAUGCCGAAGCAGAUAAAGCGAGCGCUCCCGCUGAGUUGGAUUUGAAGAAAAUGAAGGUCGCUGACUUGAAGGCUGAACUACUGGCUCGUAAUUUGCCGACAGACGGUGUAAAGAAUACACUAAUGGCGAGGUUGGCCAAGGCCCUGAAGCAGGAAACAAAUUCGAAUAGUAAGGACGACGAAGACAAAACCACAGGUGACAAAAAGGAUGACGAGAAGCAAACUAACGAGAAGGAAGCCACUCAAGAAUCGGAGAAACCCGCUGAAAAGGACGAUGAAGAAUUUGAAACGAUGGACAAUGUCGAUAUGUCUGAAGUGACCGUAAUCGAUGAGUACGAUUCUAAAUCCGACGACAAGACCAAUGACGAGGCUAGCAAAAAGGCGGAACCAACCAAACUCACGGAAAAAGAGCGCCAGGUGUUGGAGAAACGAUAUUCGUUGCCGGAGCAGCCUCACAUCAUUGUGCAUCCUUCAAAAACGGCCAAAUCUGGCAAAUUUGAUUGUGCCGUUAUGUCGCUGUCGGUUUUGUUGGACUAUCGUCCGGAGGACUCCAAGGAGCAUUCGUUCGAGGUAUCCUUGUUCGCAGAACUGUUUAACGAAAUGCUGACCCGUGAUUUCGGGUUCAACAUUUACAAGGCUCUUCAUAUGCUUCCCUCCAAGAAGGAGGAAGAACCCAAAAAAGAGUCCACUGCCGAGGAAGUGAAAGAAGACGAUGACAAGAAAGUUAACGGCGACGGAUCCAAAGAAAAAGCAAAAAGCUCCGAAGAAAGCACCAAAUCAAAGGACGAUAAAGAUGAUAAGGAGAAAGAUCGCGCCCGCGAUCGUGACCGCGAUUCGCGUAAAAGAUCUCGCUUUGACGACUCGGCCGAGGAAGAAAGGCGUCGCAAGGAGAAGGAAAAGGAGAAAGAACGGGAGAGGCUAAAGUACUACACGGCCGACCGGGACCUUUUGUUAUCAUUCACUUACUUUGAUAUAAGUCAUUGCGGUUACAUAUUCGACAAAGAUGUUGAAGAUCUCUUCUAUACCAUUGGCUUGAAUCUUUCUCGUUCUCAAAUACGUAGACUGGUAAGCAAGGCCGUUACCAGAGAUUCUCUUUACUAUCGGAAGCUGACGGACAAGGUUAAAGAGUUGACCGAAGAAGAGAAGGAGUCCGAUGGUAAAGAAAAGGAAGGUGAACAGAAGGAAACAGUUGCUGAAGCUACCGAUGAUGCUGUUGUUCCUGUUGUCAAACCGGAGAAAAUUGAAACCGUAGAACUUACGGAAGCCGAUCUGGAGGUACUGGCCACUGGCAAUUGCAAUCUAGUGGAACAAAUGAAGAUUAAUCUCCAAGCGGUUCUGGAGAGUGAGAUUGCAGAGGCUGGAAAUGAUCCACCAACCAAGAAGAUUAAACUCGAGCCAUUGCAAGACGACAGCGAUAUCCCGGAGACCAACAACGGUCUGGUGUUGCACAAUGGUGGCGUUCUGGACAUUCCGAAACUAUUGGAACAAAUGCGGCGCACCGAGAAGGCACGUGAAGAUGCGGACCAGUUGUUGAUAGAUUUGCGUAAGCAGAACUUGGACCUUACGAAAAGUCAAACUCGUUCCAAUGAUAAGAUCAAGGAUCAAGCGGGGGACAUCAAGAGUCUAACCCGAAAGCUCGUCGACGCCGAACAGAAUCUUCGUGACGUCACCAAAAAAUCGAAUGAAUAUUUCUCAACCUUGUCCAGCGUGUAUGACCGUGUCAGCGUUGUGAUGCAUCGUGCAGAUCCGAAGCGCUCUUCGUCGAUCUCUUCGUCUCGACGUGGCAGCUCUCGCGAUCGUUCCGGACGCAAAGAUGAUAAAUCAAAGGACAAAGAAUCGGAAACGACGAAGGAUUCUUUGGACAAAGCGAAGCCAGAGGAACCCAAAAAGUCUAAUGAUUCUCCUACGGCUGGUAGUGAAUCGAAAGCUUCUGAAGGUGAGACAAAGGGAAAUGAUGAGAGUAACAACAAGAAUGCGGAAAAAGUAGCCGAAGAGACCAAACAAGCGGAGCAGAAAGUCGAAGAAGAGAAAAAGGAGUAAUGAAUGACCAGUAAUAAAAAUUAAAACAGUGGCGUUUCGUAUUCACAUUUUUAUUAUCAUUUUCCAGCAUUCAUGAGGAAAAUAUACGAUAAAACUAAAUAAAUUUACAUUCAAUCCAAUUCAGUGUAGUUAAGGAAAUAAAUGAUUUGCUUGAAGCAAAAACUA